UGGUGGGAGGCUGAGCUGGUGGAAAACGCGCCGGGAAGAGACUCAGAGGCGACCAUAAUGUCUUUACGUUUACACACACUAUCCACCCAGCUUGGAGUUGUCAGACCGAGCUGCAGGGAGAUGCUGUGUUUGUUGGUCAUCACAGCGACUGUGAGCCGUGGCGCCUCGGGGAUGUGCCCCACCGCUUGCAUCUGUGCCACUGACAUUGUGAGUUGCACCAACAAAAACCUGUCCAAGGUGCCUGGGAACCUUUUCAGACUGAUUAAGAGACUGGAUCUGAGUUAUAACAGAAUUGGCCUCCUGGAUUCUGAGUGGAUUCCAGUAUCUUUUGUAAAACUGAACACACUAAUUAUCCGUCAUAACAACAUCACCAGCAUUUCCACAGGCAGUUUUUCCACCACUCCAAAUUUGAAGUGUCUUGACUUAUCAUCCAAUAAGCUGAAGACUCUGAAAAGUGCUGUAUUCCAAGAAUUGAAGGUUCUGGAAGUGCUCCUGCUUUACAACAAUCAUAUCUCCUAUCUCGAUCCUUCUGCAUUUGGAGGGCUCUCCCAAUUGCAAAAACUCUACUUAAGUGGAAACUUUCUCACACAGUUUCCCAUGGAUUUGUAUGUUGGAAGAUUCAAACUGACAGAACUGAUGUUUUUAGAUGUUUCUUAUAACCGGAUCCCUUCCAUGCCAAUGCACCAUAUGAAUUUAGUGCCAGGAAAACAGCUGAGAGGCAUCUACCUUCAUGGAAACCCAUUUAUCUGUGACUGUUCCCUCUACUCAUUGCUAAUCUUUUGGUAUCGUAGGCACUUUAGCUCAGUGAUGGAUUUUAAGAGUGAUUAUUCCUGCCGUUUGUGGUCUGACUCUAGGCACUCCCAUCAAAUGCUUCUGCUGCAAGACAGCUUUAUGAAUUGCUCUGACAGCAUCAUCAAUGGUUCCUUUCGUGCCCUUGGCUUUAUUCAUGAGGCUCAGGUUGGGGAAAGGUUGGUUGUCCACUGUGACAGCAAGACUGGUAGUGCAAAUACGGAUUUUGUUUGGGUCAGUCCAGAUAACAAACUGCUGGAGCCUGAGAAAGAGGUGGAAAACUUUCGUGUCUUUCGCAAUGGAAGUCUGAUUAUAGAAAGUCCUCGUUUUGAGGAUGCUGGAGUGUAUUCUUGUAUUGCAAUGAAUAGGCAACGACUGUUAAAUGAAACUGUGGAUGUUACCAUCAACGUGAGCAAUUUCACUAUAAACAGAUCCCAUGCACAUGAGGCAUUUAACACAGCUUUUACCACUCUAGCUGCCUGUGUGGCCAGUAUUGUUUUGGUACUUUUGUACCUCUAUCUGACGCCAUGUCCCUGCAGAUGUAAAGCCAAGAGGCAGAAAAAUAUGCUAAACCAAAGCAAUGUCCAUUCAUCUAUUCUCAAUCCUGGCCCUGCUAGUGAUGUCCCAGCUGACGAACGGAAGGCAGGUGCCGGGAAAAGAGUCGUCUUUCUGGAACCCCUGAAGGAUACUGCAGCAGGGCAGAAUGGGAAAGUCCGGCUCUUUCCUAGCGAGACAGUGAUAGCUGAGGGCAUCUUAAAGUCCACAAGAGUGAAAUCUGACUCAGAUUCUGUCAAUUCCGUGUUUUCAGACACACCCUUUGUGGCAUCCACUUAAUUUUGUGCCUGUAUUUGUGUGCUGUGGUAAUUUACUCUCUUCCUAUUUAACUUUGUGUGUAGCCUGGAAAAUAAACAACAGGGCAGAUACUGUAUUUGUUUGUUUUAAAUGCA